AUGAAAGUGCCGGCCACCGCAUGGCGGACUAAGGAAGUUGAAAGACUCGCUGAGCAAAACGCGAUCCGACACAAAGAUGAGCUUCCUGAUAAUAUGUUGAAAUAUUGGCGGUUCAGACAUUCGCUGUUUACUCGGUUCAACGAGGGCAUCUUACUAGAUAAGGAGUCGUGGUUUUCGGUCACUCCAGAAGCACUUGCAUACCGUACAGCAGUCGAGUGCCAGGGUGAUGUGGUGAUGGACGGAUUUUGUGGUGCUGGUGGAAAUGUGAUUCAGUUUGCUAUGACGUGUAAUCACGUGCUUGGCAUUGACAUCGAUCCUGUGAAGCUAGAAAUGGCUCGUCGCAACGGUGAGCAUUCAACUGUGGUAUUCUGA